ACUUGUUCUGAUAAUGCAAAAUUGCAGGAUUUGCCUUGAAGACAUUGUGACGGGAAAUGCAGAAUCUAUAUUUGCAGAUGGUAAUAAUUUAGCUGAUAUGAUUCAGGAAUUAUGUGGACUCGAGGUGUUGAAAGAUGAUGCACUCCCGCAAUAUAUUUGUCAAACAUGCGGCUGGAACCUAAGGUCUGCAAUAAAACUUAAGCAUCAAUGUAUUGAGUCCGAUCAGAAACUGAAAGAAUACCUGAAGGAGAAUACAAUCGAUGUUGUUGAAAUGCCACAUGAUGAACCUCAGAUAAUCAGCUUUGAAAUCGUUUAUGGAGAUGUGCCAGAGCCAGCGCCAAAAAAACGUGUCAACUAUGGCGAUCAGGAUUCAACCAAAAAGGAGCAUUUGGUAAAGUCUCCCGAUCCAAAAAAAGAUAACUAUAAUUUAACAGCUGUCAGGUGUUGCGGAUGUGAGGCAGUGUUUGAAAAUAAUGAUGAGCUAGUAAUUCAUUCUAAGGAAUUCCACGAAGCUCAGAGAACAUACAAUGAAGAACGUCCUUUUGAAUGUUUAAUUUGCUAUAAACGUUAUAUUUCUGAAAAAGGUCUCAAGUUACACAGAAAGGGUAUCUACAACAUAAAGCAAUACCAAUGUGCUAUAUGUGGAAAGCGUUUCAGUAAUACGGUUAACUUGACCAAUCAUGAGCGUAGUCAUUCAAAGCACAUCUUAAGCUACAUUCCGUCGUACCUGAGCAUACCAAACAUGUAUGUAAUCUGUGUGGGAGAGGAUUCAGUAGGAAAAGUUAUCUUAAACAUCAUUUCUCGCUACUGCACAGCGAAGAUACUCCUUUUGCUUGCUCAUUUUGCUCGAGCAAAUUCAAAGCGAAGGCCAACUUACGCUUACAUUUGCGAACGCACACCCAAGAACGUCCUUAUUCCUGUGAACUUUGUGAUAGAACGUUUAUGUAUCCCACCGACCGAAAAAGACACAUGAUACAGCACACGGGACAGAAACCAUUCAAAUGUGUUGAUUGCGAUAAAGCUUUUACCAGAAAGGCACUUUUACGGAAACAUCGGAACUGCCACGAGG